AUGAAUAAUAUCUUAGAAUGCGUUGAAUAUCUACACGAAUCCAAACCGCCAGUCAUUCACAGGGAUCUCAAACCCGAUAAUAUAUUAAUUGAUCCCAACUUUGGGUCCAAUCGUUGUGUAAAACUGUGUGACUUUGGUUUGGCCACCGAUCACGACAUCGAUAGACAGACUGCCAGCCGAUACGAGCACUCAAUUGUGGGCACCAUUGCAUAUAUGGCACCGGAAGUCACGUCAAGGAGUAAAUAUAAUCAUAAAUCAGACAUUUAUAGUCUGUCUUUAAUCGGUCAGCAGUUGUUUGCUAUCGAUCUUCAGGCCUCGGAAUCAUUUGAUGCCAAAGAAUCGAUAUUCAAGAACUCAGAACAAUGUCUAUACCAGACAUUAGCGGCAAUGAUGUCAACACCCUUUUGGCGACAACGGCCUGAGUGUCGGGAAGUGUUGGCCAAACAAAACGAG